CUUAAUACAGUAUGUCUGACCACAAAAUAUAUGGUAUUUAAAAAGCGUCUUAUAGUACAGUGACAUGCAUGGUUGUUUCAGCUCGGGUCAUGCGGACGGGAGCGCGAGGGCGCGGCGCAGCGUGAUGCGGCGCGCGGUCAACCAGGUCGCAUGGCCAGUGGUGGCGUGCGCGCUGCUGCUGGCCUGCGACUGCACUAUUGCCGACAUGCUCGCACCUGGAAUAUGUCACUCAAUAGACAUAAGGAAUAAUCCUGAGUACAUGGAGAAACUUCGCCAGUGCCGAGUGAUAGAGGGCCAUCUUAGCAUCGUGCUCAUCGAACGUGCUAAUCCUUCCGCGUUCGAAAAUCUCACUUUUCCAGAGCUUAGAGAAGUCACCGACUACAUACUAAUAUACAGACUGAAGGGUGUGCGUAACCUCGGAGAUUUGUUUCCGAACUUGUCUGUAAUACGAGGCCUGCAGCUGUUUAAAGAUUUCGCUCUCGUUAUUUUUGAUAAUGAAGGGCUUGAGUCUUUGGGUCUUCGUUCUCUUUCGAGGAUAGAGAGAGGCGCAGUCCGUAUUCAGAAUAACGACCACCUGUGUUACGCCAAUACUAUCGACUGGUCUCGCAUCAAUGUUGAGGGAUCUGAGAAUAAUGUUAUAAGAUCGAACUAUGACACUCGACUUUGUGGAUUGUGUCCCAACGCUCAAAGUCGUAUGGAAGACCACAGGCAGCUACACCUACAAUGUCCGGCUGACUUCAUGGGACGACUCCUUUGCUGGGAUGACAAACACUGUCAGAAAAGAGAUUGCCCAUCAAAAUGCGGCAACCACGCGUGUAUGGCGUCGGGCGAGUGCUGCCACCCGGCGUGCGUGGGCGGCUGCGACGGUCCACUAGCCAGUGACUGCCACGUCUGCGCCAACUUCUCCUUCGGUUACGGCAAGGAGCGCACCUGCAUGGAACGAUGUCCUGCCAACACUUAUGAGUUGUCGCGGCGCUGCGUGACGGAGCAGGAGUGCCGCAACACGCUGCCGCCGCAGGGCGACGCGACCCCCAACAUCCGCGCCUACAAGAUCCUGCGCAACCUCUGCCUCUACGUCUGCCCCACCGGGUACAUGGAGGACGGCGACAAGUCGAACUCGACGUGCGUACCGUGCCCGCAGUCGGGCUGCCUGCUCGAGUGUCCCGGCGGCAAGAUCGACUCGAUCGCGUCCGCGGAGUACUACCGCGGCUGCACGCACGUCAAGGGCACGCUCGAGAUCACUCUCAGAGCCGGCGGAGGUAACACAAUGUCGAUUCUCGAAGAGACGCUGGGAUCUAUCCGCGAGAUAGACGGCAGCCUGCGCGUGUUCAGGUCGUACCCGCUCGUGUCGCUCAUGUUCCUCAAGAGCCUCAAACGCAUCGGCGGCUACAGCUCCGACAACAAAGGACAGAGCCUAUACAUAUUUAACAAUCCUAAUCUGGAGAUGUUGUGGAAUUGGGCAACGCACAAACCAAUAGAAAUAACGACGGGUCGCCUGUUCAUACACUUUAACCCGAAGCUCUGCUACUACCAGAUACAACCGCUUAAGAACAUGACAAGGGACUCAAAGUCCAAAUUCAGUGAAAUCGAAGUGUCGCAAGAUAAUAAUGGAGACCAGGCAUCUUGUUUUCAAGACAUUCUCCACCUGAAAGUGAGCUCGCUGUACCAGCGCGUGGCCAUCCUCCAGUGGAACAUGUACUGCCUCCCGGACAGUCGCAAGCUUCUCGGCUAUUCGAUAUACUACAUCGCCACUGAGAAUAAUGUUACACUUUACGGACAAAGGGACGCCUGUUCUGACACUUGGAACGUUUUGGACAAAACAGCGGAUGAAGUUCGUAACGGCAGUUCACCGCCUGUCAUCAAGGACGACCAGAUUAAGAACUCCGUUCUACCAAACCCCUGCUCGGAUCUCCAACCACUUUUCUAUCCACUGUCGCAACUGACACCCUUCACUCGAUACGCCGCCUAUGUUAAAACCUACACUACGCUGCAGGACAAAAAGGGUGCCCAAAGUGCUAUAAUAUAUUUCAAGACGUUACCUGGACCUCCAAGUCCACCGCUCGGUUUAACGGUGGAAGCUCUUAAGGAGCACUCUGCGACCAUAAAAUGGCAGCCGCCGUCGAUGCCUAACGGGACAAUCGCGUUCUACCACAUCGAAAUACAGGCAAACAACUACAAUCGACCCAAGAUACUGGCGCUCAACGUCAACUACUGCGGCAACCCGAGUGCGCUCGUGAACCUGAUCGCGGUGCGCGGGGAGGAGAGCGGCGCGGGGCCGGCGGCGGGCGGGUCGGGCGGGGCGGGUGGGGCGAGCGGGGCGGGCGGCACGGGCGACGUGCCCAGCGGCUCGUGCGCCUGCCGCGACGACGCGCGCCCCACGCGGUUCAGCUCCGUCGCCGAGGAGGAGCGCAUCGAGAGCAUCGACUUCGAGAACGCGCUGCAGAAUCACGUGUACGUGAAGGCGGACCGCGGCCGGUCAUCUAACGAGUCGUCGUCGAAGCGUCCCCGGCGCUCCGUCGACGACAGCGUCAACAGCAUGCUCGUCAUCCUCAGCGACCCGCACGUGCCGCUCAUCGGCAUGAACAACACCAACGCCACCGACGGCAAGUACGUGAAGAGCCUGUACUACGAGCUGGAGGGCAGCGCUCGCUCGCUGACGGUGGACUCCCUGCGCCACUUCACGUGGUACACGGUGAACGUGUGGGCGUGCCGCGAGCGCCACGAGAACGAGAGCGCCGAGGCUUACGAUCGCGAACGCUGCUCGCAGCGCGCGCACUACACCUUCCGCACGCUCGAGCGCCGUGAGAAUUUACACGCCGAAAUAUUGCCAUCGAAUAAAACUCUGCCCGAAGUGAACGUAACGUGGCAGCCACCGGAAGACCCGAACGGCUUCGUUGUAGCGUAUAAUGUGCACCAUUCUCGCGUCGAAGAUGGCAACCAGGGCUCGCAGGAGAUGGGUCUGGCAAGUUGUAUCACCGCGGAAGACUACGAACAGUACGGCCGCAGCUUUCUUGUCCGCAACCUGGCGCCCGGGAACUACUCGCUGCGGGUCACGCCGCUCUCGCUCAGCGGCGCCGGGAACGUCUCCACCGACAUCUACGUCUUUAUACCCGAGCGGACGGCGGAGCUGACGUACGAGUGGGUGUGGGGCGUGGUGGGCGGCUGCCUGGCGCUGCUGGCGCUGGCGGCGGCCGGCGCGUGGGCGGCGCGGCGCGCGCUGCUGCCGCCCUCCGACGCGCCCAAGCUGUUCGCCAGCGUCAACCCCGAGUACGUGUCCACGGUCUACGUGCCCGACGAGUGGGAGGUGCCGCGCAGCAGCAUCGAGUUCAUCCGCGAGCUCGGCCAGGGCUCCUUCGGCAUGGUAUACGAGGGCAUAGCGAAAAAUAUAGAAAAAGGUAAACCGGAAACUCGGUGCGCUGUGAAAACUGUCAAUGAGCACGCGACUGACCGCGGCCAGCCCACGCUCGUGGUCAUGGAGCUCAUGGAGCACGGCGACCUCAAGACCUACCUGCGCUCGCACCGCCCCGACGCCGAGGCCUCGCUGCCCAAGAAGGGCGCCUGCGUGCCGCCCACGCUGCAGAACAUCCUGCAGAUGGCGAUCGAAAUAGCGGACGGUAUGGCCUACUUGUCGGCGAAAAAAUUCGUGCAUCGCGAUCUCGCGGCACGAAAUUGUAUGGUGGCCGGUGACCUCACCGUGAAGGUGGGCGACUUCGGCAUGACCAGAGAUAUUUAUGAGACUGAUUAUUAUAGGAAAGGCACCAAGGGCCUACUGCCCGUCCGGUGGAUGAGCCCCGAGAGCUUAAAGGAUGGGGUAUUUUCGAGUAACAGCGACAUAUGGAGUUACGGCGUCGUGUUAUGGGAAAUGGCAACGCUCGCUAUGCAGCCAUAUCAGGGGCUGUCCAACGAGCAGGUGGUGCGCUACGUGGUGGAGGGCGGCGUGAUGGAGCGGCCGGAGCACUGCCCCGACCGCCUGUACGAGCUCAUGCGCGCCUGCUGGGCGCACCGGCCCGCCGCGCGCCCGUCCUUCCUGCAGCUCGUGGCCGACCUGGCGCCCUCCUCGCAGCCCUACUUCCGCCACCGCUCCUUCUUCCACACGCCGCUGGGCCAGGAGAUGUACGCGCUGCAGCGCACGGCGGCCGAGGAGGAGACGGACGCGGCCGCGGUGAACGUGGGCGCGGUGGCGUCGGGCUCGGGCUCCAACCUGUUCGGCGUGUCGGGGCGCCUGGCGUCGUGGGUGCGCGAGCUGUCGUCGCUGCGCUCGCGCGGCUCCGACGACGCGGCGGCCGAGCCGCUGGCGCCGCCCGAGCUGCCCGAGCCGCCCGAGCCGCGCGGCCUGGCGCUCAAGCCGCGCGCCGGGCCCAACGGCGCGCUGCGCGACGCGCCCGCCUGCUAG